GCGGUGUAGCCCCGCCCUUCCCACCGUCAACAACUGGAUUCCAGCUAUUUGUAUUUUCGUCAACUAGCACUGCUAGCCUGCCAAUGAUUCAAUGCGUCAGUAAAAAACGAGUUAGCCUAUCUGGAUGGACAUUUAUUGGUUUUUGUUUUCUUGAAAAACACUACAUCGACAGCUCGUGCCGAUGUGCAGUCAUUGUGAGCUAAAGGACCGAUGAGAGCGGAGAGAUCGCCUUGCACACCGUCCUUUAGCCGCCUCUGAAACCAGCUAACAGCUAACGUUAACACCUUCGUACAGAGCUCGUUAGCUGGCUGGCUGACAGCUGGUUCGGUUAGUUACGUGCCUUCAACAGUAUCGUAGCUAAUGUUUAGUCCCUGAAACAAUGAAUUGUCUCUGACAUUGAGAGGACUGAGGCCCAUUUGGUUGUCAUAUUGACCAGAACUAGCAACGGUGGGUCUUGGUUGACUCUACGGUGGUGCCAUUUAACAUAAGUGGAUGAGCCGUUAGUCCACUUGCCGAUGCACCCCUGGUUUUGACCUGCCAGAGCUGCCAAUAUGAUGCCGAUGAUAUUAACGGUGUACCUCAGCGAUGGGGAACAGACUGUGACUGAGGUGCCCAUCACCCCUGAGACGACGUGCCGCGAUGUCGUCGAGUUCUGCAAGGAGCCCGGCGAGAGCGGCUGCCACCUGGCUGAGGUCUGGAGAGGCAACGAACGGGCAAUACCCUUCGAGCACAUGAUGUAUGAACAUCUGCAGAAAUGGGGGCCUCGGAAACAAGAAGUCAAGUUCUUCCUCCGGCACGAAGAUUCGCCUACGGAGAGCAGUGAUCAAGGGAGUCAGCAGUCUCAGGAUCAGACGGGUCGCAGAAGUGGAAACACUGGGGAGAAGCACAAUGAGAACGGGGUGGGCAAUCAUCGCGCGGAGCUCACGCUGUCAGAGCUGCAGGAGAUGGCCACGCGGCAGCAGCAGCAAAUCGAGGCUCAGCAGCAGAUGCUCGUCGCAAAGGAGCAACGUUUGCGUUACCUGAAGCAGCAGGAGCGGCGUCAGCAGCAAACGGUUUCAGAGAGUGAGAAGCUGCAGAGGCUGAAAGACCGCGUGGAGAGCCAGGAGGCAAAGCUCAAGAAGAUCCGGGCAAUGAGAGGCCAGGUGGACUACAGCAAGGUCAUCAAUGGCAACCUGUCCGCAGAGAUUGAGCAAGUCAGCAGCCUGUUCCAAGAGAAGCAAGCCGAGUUACAGUCUGCGGUGCUGAGGGUGGAGCAGCUCAGCCUGCAGCUGGAGGACCUGCGCAGGGGAAAGCUCAACGGCAUACAGAGUGCCUUGGGGGGGCAAGUAACUGGUGCUGCAGCCCUAGAGCUCCGGAAACUUUACCAGGAGCUUCAGAUCCGGAACAAGUUGAACCAGGAGCAAAACAGCAAGCUGAAGCAACAAAAGGACCUUCUCAACAAACGCAACAUGGAAGUGACGCUUAUGGACAAGCGCAUCAGUGAGCUGCGGGAACGCCUCUACAAGAAAAAAGCUGAGGCACGUCAAAAAGAAAACCUUCCUUUGAACAGAGCCAACGGGCCUCCCUCUCCCCAGCCUGCUCCUGGUACUCUGGGCCGUGUUGCUGCUGUCGGGCCGUACAUCCAGGUCCCUGUACCGGGCCGGCAGGAUGGAGGCUACACCAUACCACCAGAUCCACUGAAGCCUCAGGCUCUGGGCGUUAAUAACACAGCCAACCAAGGCCGCACCAAGUCAGACGGUGUGCGAAAGCCUCCCGGCCCUUGGAAAGUGUCUGAUUUAGACAUCGUUGUGGACCCAGUACCCCCGUCCCUUCCAGAAUUACAACCGGGCACCGGAGCCUCCACUGGCUCCAACGGCACGUCCCCUAAUGAUACUGGUUGGCCUACUUUAGGCAAGACCACCACAUCUCUAAAGCCUCCUGAGAGACGGGACUCAGGGACUGAUACCCAGGGCAAGAGCUCUCCCUCAGGCUCCCCCGUCGCUUCAAGUGCUGAAAAGGUGCUAGACCCCAAAAUGGCCGUGUCCUCCUCUGCCAUAUCCAAGCCACAACCGCCUCCCUAUGGCUCCCACCUCACCUCUGCAAACUCGGCCAGCUCCUUGGAUCGGCGCAAGGAUGUGCCACCUCCUCGCCCGCUCCCGAACCCGCCAGCACCUGCUUGGCCCCGCGUCCCCGCCUCCACAGGCUCGUCCUCGCAGCAGAUCCAGCAGCGAAUCUCGGUGCCGCCAAGUCCCACCUUCCAGCCUAAUGCACCGCUUUUCCCUCCUGGGCUGAGUGAGCGGCUGGAUCCCCCGCCAUCUGUGGCAGUACCCCCCUUCAUACCAGACCGAGGAUCACGGCCUCAGUCGCCCCGGAAGGGCCCACCUACCAUGAACUCCAGCUCCAUCUAUCACAUGUACCUCCAGAAGGCAGCGCCAAAGAACCAGCCAUUCAAGCCUGCUCUCAAAGCAGUAUAUGGGAAGCCUGUUUUCACCCCCAGCUCGACCCCACCCUCGCCUCUGCCUUUCUCCCCGGCAGGAGGGGCCUUCCCAUUGCUCCAAGGCCACCUCGGUGGUGAGGACACUUUGGACGGAGAAUUUGAUGAUCAUGAGUACUUCCAGCACCCGGAGCCCUUGGCGCCUCCUCCCAGUGUGGAAAACAUCCCACGACCACUCAGCCCUACUAAGCUAACACCCAUGGUACACUCCCCGCUGCGCUACCAAAGUGACGCCGAUCUCGAGGUGCUCCGCAAAAAACUGGCCAACGCUCCGAGACCGCUCAAGAAGCGCAGCUCCAUCACAGAACCGGAGGGCCCCAGUGGACCUAACAUCCAGAAACUGCUCUACCAGAGGUUCAACACUCUAGCAGGAGGCAUAGAGGGAAAUGUAGUCGGUGGAUCAGGAAGUGGCAACGGUGCGGGUAAUGGAACGCCAUUUUAUCAGCCAGCUAAUCCUCCCGCAUAUCUGGGAGGCGACUCUGUGGCCGAUACCCACAAUGGAAAUCCCCCCUCUGAGAUGCCGCUACCGCCACCCCCAGGGGGACAGGAGCCGGGCUCCGAGGCUCCGCCUCCAUCCACUGACUCUAAUGACAAUGAGCCGCUGCCCUCGCCACCAGAACUGGAUCCUGCUGAAGCAGAGGAAGCAGAGGAGGACGACAACAAUAACAACGUGGGGAGCUCUGAGGCGUCGUUGCCCAGCCCCGUGCCAGAGGUGACCACCCCAGAAGAGAGCGGCAAAGUGGUCUCGCAGCCCCUGGAGAAGCGCACAAACCUGAAGAAGCCAAACUCUGAGCGCACCGGCCACGGCUUCAGGGUGAAGUUCAACCCUCUGGCCCUGCUGCUGGAUGCCUCAUUGGAGGGAGAAUUUGAUCUCGUCCAGAGGAUCAUCUAUGAGGUAUGUCAUGACUGUGUGGAGAAUCCUAGCACUGCCAAUGACGAGGGCAUCACUCCCCUGCACAAUGCAGUGUGCGCGGGACAUCACCACAUUGUCAAGUUCCUGCUGGAUUUUGGUGUGAACGUCAAUGCGGCAGACAGUGAUGGAUGGACUCCGCUUCACUGUGCCGCCUCCUGCAACAGUGUUCAUCUCUGCAAGUUGUUAGUCGAGUCAGGGGCCGCCAUCUUUGCCAGCACCAUUAGCGAUGUGGAAACUGCUGCAGAUAAAUGCGAGGAAAUGGAAGAGGGCUACAUCCAGUGCUCCCAGUUUCUAUAUGGUGUUCAGGAGAAGUUGGGUGUAAUGAACAAGGGGACAGUGUAUGCUCUGUGGGAUUACAAAACUCACAACCAGGACGAGCUGGCGUUCAGCGAGGGGGACGCCAUCACUAUUCUGCGACGACAGGACGACAGUGAAACAGAGUGGUGGUGGGCGCAACUCGAGGACAACGAGGGCUACGUGCCCCGCAACCUGCUGGGGCUCUAUCCUAGGAUCAAGCCUCGUCAGCGCUCCUUGGCAUAGUGUCUCACUCCCCGGACCUCUGGCUAACAGGUGGACUAGUGACAAAACCAAGAGCUGAGAACAAAGGAGCCUGGUGCUCUGUCUUCUCCCCGUGGCCAUAACCUCCCCCCUGGCCUUGUGCUUCUCACAAAAUCCUUUUUCUCUGAUGCAGUGGGCACUGAACUCUGAAACCCAUAUUUACAUCUACACACAUAGAAACACUCGAUGAAACACAAGCACUCCAAAUGCGAAAAAUCUCUUAAACCACUCCAUCCUGAUUUGCACCCCCAACCACCACUACCUUUCAACCUAUUGCUCUGCCAUUGUCCCAACUUGAUUUUACUCUGUGUCAGACAUCAACUUGAAGAAUAAAACACUAACCCAUGUCUCAGUAUUUCUUGCAGUGGACUCUUCAGCCAGGAGUUGGCUGGCACUGGGUUACAUGACACUGUGUGUUGACUGGAAAAUCAUCUCAUCUCUGAGGCGUUGCUGAUUUUUGUUAGUGGAAUGUACAUUGAGUUAUAGGACAUUUCUUAAUGCCAAUUUGAUCCCCUUGCGCAACAGAUGUGCUCUGUGUUUAAUUUAGCUGUAGUCUAACCACCAAAGACGAAUAUAGGUGUGCCCAUUUUAAUUCUAUUACUCCCUAAGACCUUGAAGAAAGGUUGAGGAGUGAGAUCAAACAAUUGAUUUGCUGCUAUCAGUAUUAAUUAAUGGUCUAAUGUCCUUCUAGAUAUGCUCAAGGAGCAGGAAAUGGAUUCAGGACGGAAAAUAGAAAAUGUUGUAAACCCUCAGCAACUACACAGGCCAGUCAAACAAAUCUAGCGUAUUAAAGAAAAGGAUGGAUCGCAUUCCAUGAACAUCAUUGCAAGACUUUUUUCUUUUUUUUCAUUCAGUGUCACCUGUUCGGAAUCCAGGAGUAUUGUGGAUGGUUCGUUUUUUUCUGUAAUGGCAGACUCCGAGAUGCAUCAAGCUGUGUGAAAACACUGUUUGAAUGAACUAUCAAAAUAUUCACCCAGAAUUUGUAUUUUUGUUAGCCUGAUGAUUGCUGAAAUGAAUGGCUCAUGCUGCAGUUUCGAAUAGAUAUUGUGAUGGAAAUGGAAAAACUAACAGUAUUUUUGCUUUACCAAAAAGGUUGCCAGAUAAGAAGUUGUGUCUGCACACCAUCUGUAGACUAGGCAUAAAGGUUACAAAUGUAAGAGAUUCAAAGGUAUUGCAGCAAUUUAGGAAUUGGAGGAAAAAAAGUGUUUUUUCUAAAUUCCAUAGUGGUGAGACGGGCAAGAAUCGGCUCCACGGAGACAGAAAGAUCCUAGUUCUUUAUGAUAUUAUUGGGUAUUUUUUGUUAUUUUAAAUUAAUUUGCAGUAUGUAUAAUGUUUUAGGAAUUUAUAAUAAGUUGGUCCUCACUCCACAGAUACAUAGUUUAAGACCUGCAAACAGUAUCUCUACAUGAAAAGAAGAACUUGCAAAUAUUUAUUGAAAUUCUGCACUGCACCUCAAAAACACUGAAAUCAUCACUCAAACCACAAUAAAAACUUUGUUUACCCCACUAGACAAAGUUAACACUCAAUAUUAUUACCUUAUUUUUGUUCUACUAGCUUCUAUGUAGAUCUCUGGGCACUUAACGUUGCAGUUUUUCUGCGGCUGUGACGAACCCCACUUGAAACACCUAAUCUCAGGACCAACAAUGGUGCUGCUGACACUGUUCCACCACUAAACUAGUGAUCAUAUUUCUAUUUUCUAUCUCAACAAACAUCACGUUCCAUUGAGCAGUGAACCAAACACAAAAACAGGAUCAGCAAUGGGCAUAAAUUAUUGAUCGCUGAAGAGACGGUUGUGUCUGAAAUGUAACAUGAACACACAAAUGUUCAGAUUCACUCUUUAAAUUUGCUUCAGACAAUCCUGAAUCCUGCCCAGUUCUCUUCCUCCAGCUGCCCCUUUUCAGGUAAACACCAUUUCAGUAACAUUAAUACAUGCAUUAUAUGUCACAUUAUUGAACAUCUAGAGUCCAACAAGUUGUUCUGAACCCUGAGUGACUGAGUGGUAUGCCAGGUGUGCUAAUGGCCCAGGCUUUAUGAUGGCUUAAUCUGUACAUAGUGUGAGGAGAUGUGUUCAAUGUCUGUUUACUGUAUGGACAAGUGGGCUUUCUGUAUAAACGCUGUACUCACACAUUGAAUUCUGUAAAUGUGAACAAUAAAACAGAAGCUCUGGCAUGA